AGGUUAUAUGGCUCCUGAGUAUGCAAUGAGGGGUUACUUGACUGACAAGGCAGAUGUUUACAGCUUUGGAGUGGUGGCUUUAGAAAUAGUCAGUGGGAAAAGCAACACAAAUUACAGGCCAAAGGAGGAGUUUGUUUAUCUUCUUGAUUGGGCCUAUGUCCAACAAGAACAAGGAAAUCUCUUGGAACUUGUGGAUCCUAGCCUCGGCUCAAAGUACUCGAAGGAGGAGGCUAUGAGAAUGCUUAACAUAGCGCUCUUAUGCACCAACCCAUCUCCCACUCUUAGACCAACCAUGUCUUCUGUGGUGAGCAUGCUGGAGGGAAAGAUCCCGGUCCAAGCCCUGUUGGCGAAGCGCAGCUCGUCGGAGCAGGAUCCGCGGUUCAAAGCCUUUGAGAAGCUAACACAUGACAGCCAAACAGACAACUCUUCAUACUCACACGACAGCCACCAACCAGGCAUGUCUAUAGAUGGGCCAUGGAUUGAUUCCUCUGUUUCUCUCCAGAGUAGGGAUGAUAACCCGACCAACACCACGUCAAGUAGGUGUUAAGGAUCUUUAUGAUGUCGAUUUGGAAACAUGGAAAGACUAGCAAAGGAACAAGAUUUUACUUUCAUUUGGAACUCGUUUCAAAAUGAUUUUAUUUUUUAUAUAAAAAAAAAAUGAAAACGUUUUCAA